AUGGGGGACUCAAGCGGGUCGGUGUCCAUCGACGUGGAGCGGAUCUACUUCGGCGGCAAGGAGCAUCCUGUGAGAACAAGAUACGGCUUUGUAUCUGUUUCUGUAUACGGCGAUGAAGACAAGCCAGCGCUCAUAACGUACCCCGAUGUAGCUCUAAAUUACAUGUCCUGCUUCCAAGGAUUGUUCUUCUGCCCAGAGGCUUCGUCCCUGUUGCUUCACAAUUUUUGUAUUUACCAUAUUACUCCUCAAGGCCAUGAGUUGGGAGCGGCUCCAAUUCCAUCGGAUGUACCUGAGCUAUCUGUUGAUAACCUCGCGGAUCAGGUCGCGGAUGUUCUUGAUUGUCCUCUGAUGUUAUUGUGGCAUUGCUCUUGCAGUUUGGGGUCUGUGAUGUGCAUGGGUGUCACCGCCGGUGCCUACGUGCUUACCCUCUUUGCGGCAAAGUACAGGGAAAGGGUUCUUGGCCUGAUGUUGGUUUCACCUCUAUGCAAAGCCCCAUCUUGGAGUGAGUGGUUGUAUAACAAGGUAUUGUUAAACUUACUUUAUUAUUGUGGCACUAGUGGACUAGUGAACGAAUGCUUCCUUCAGCGGUAUUUUAGCACGGAAGUUCGUGGAAGUGGACAAGAACCUGAAUCGGAAAUUGUCCAAGCUUGUAGAAGUUUACUUGAUCAGAGGCAGGGUGUUAAUGUAUGUCGAUUCCUUAAAGCAAUCAACGAGAGACAUGACUUAACUGAAGCACUGAAGAAGCUCCGGUGCCGGACGCUGAUUUUUGUGGGCGAGAACUCACAGUUCCAUGCGGACGCUGUCCACAUGACCACAAAACUAGAUCGGAGAUAUUGCGCUCUAGUCGAGGUUCAGGCAUGCGGGUCGCUCAUCACCGAGGAGCAGCCACAUGCAAUGCUGAUCCCGAUGGAGUACUUCUUGAUGGGAUACGGGAUGUACAGACCGUCCCAGCUCGAGAGCAGCCCCCGAAGCACCCUGAACCCGUUCUGCAUAUCGCCAGAGCUGCUGUCGCCCGAGAGCAUGGGGGUGAAGCUGAAGCCCAUCAAGACCCGGGCCUCCCUCAUUGUCUAA